GAAUAAAUUGGAGACCAGAAAUCUUCAUUCCUUCAUAAUCAAAGACUGGAAUGCCAGUCUUUGUUUUUUAUCCAGCAUUUUAGACUUUUCAAUUCCAUGUUAUUAUUGUGCAGUCCAAAGAUUUAAAGAAAGAAGAAUUUUUUAAACUCUUUAAUAAAUUGAAGACUGGAAAUCUUCAUUCCAUCAUAAUCAAAGGCCGGUAUUCCAGUCUUUGUUUUCUAACCAGUAUAGUAGACUUUUCAGUUCCUUGCUUUUAUAUCACCUACUAUUCUUGGAAAGUGAUCGAAAUAUAGAAAAUGUGAUGCAGAAGUUGUCCUGAAUUAUAUUGCUUAUAGCCUGGUCUCAUUCCGGCCUUGUCCUUCAUAUAAUUUUCUUGUUUAUUCUAAGGACCUUCAAGGAUCAAUCUGAUUUUCCUCUUGUAAUUAUCUGUAUCUUUCAUCCCUUAGAUCCCCCUAAGCUUCAUCUCUAUUUCUUUGUUUGCACUACAUUCAUGCUUGCAAAUGCCUUCCAUACUUUGCCUGGUAUUUCUCCACGCUUUGAUUUGGUCAUUGCUGAGCACUGCAAGUAACGGCCUUACAUCUGAUAUCGAUUGCCUGAAAUCUAUAAAAGACUCACUGGAUGACCCAUUCGGUUACCUCAAUGCUACGUGGGACUUCAACAACUAUACAGAGGGCUUCAUCUGCAGUUUUACAGGGGUUGGAUGCUGGCAUGCGGAUGAAAACGUGGUGCUGAACAUUCAACUAUCCGACAUGGGUCUGAAGGGCCAGUUUCCACGAGGAAUAAGUGGUUGCUCUGGCUUAACGGGGCUAGACCUUUCAAACAAUGAGCUUUCUGGACCAAUUCCACCUGAUAUAUCAAGUAUCCUCCCUUAUUUAACUUCACUUAAACUUUCUUCCAACAAAUUCUCAGGUGAAAUCCCGAAGAGUUUAGCCAAUAUUACUUUUCUGAAUGUUCUUAAUCUUGAUCACAAUCAUCUGAAUGUUCUUAAUCUUGAUCACAAUCAAUCAACAGGUCAUAUCCCACCAGGAAUUGGCCUGCUUCGUCGACUUAGGACCUUUACUGUCGCUAAUAAUCUAUUAUACGGUCCGGUACCUAAUUUUUUAUAUGAUAUUUCAAGUGAUAGCUUUGCUAAUAAUCCGGGGCUUUGUGGAAAACCUUUAGAGCCCUGCAAGAGUACGUCAGAAAGUGAUACAUUCAAAAAAGGUUUUGUUGUUAGCUAUGCAGUUUCUGCUUUUUUAGUUAUCACUACAUUUAUUUCCAGUUGUGUGCCAUGGACACAAGACAAGAAGAAGAAGAGUAAAGUACCAAUGCAAUUCCAACUACAUAAGAUACAGCAAAAGAAGAACGAAAGAAAGCAAUCUCAGCACAUGAAGAAAAUGCCAUAUGUGGAAUUUCUACAUGAACAAAGCCCAGAGAUUUCUGUCCUGGUGAAACUAGUUUCCAGACUGAGUUAUACAGAAAUCAAUGAAGCAACAAACUAUCUCAAACAAGAAAAUAUCAUUGGAAUUGGACAGAUGGGGACAACCUACAAGGCAGUGCUGCCUAAUGGAUUGCUCCUCGCUGUGAAGAGAUUACAUGACACUCACCUAUUUGAUGAGCAUUUCAUAACAGAAUUGAAGACACUAGGUAGAUUGAGGCAUGAGAACCUUGUGCCCCUCCUCGGAUUCUGCAUACACUCAAAGGAAAAGCUUCUGGUUUAUAAAUACAUGUCAAAAGGCAGUCUUUAUGAUUGGCUACAUCCUGAAGAAGGUGAGGCAAGAAUCAUGGAGUGGCCCUUAAGGGUUAAAAUUGCAAUUGGAGCAGCAACAGGCCUGGUUUGGCUCCAUCAAGGGUGCUAUUUUCAUGUUUUCCAUCUUGCCAUUAGCUCCAAGUGCAUCUUACUUGAUGGGAAUUUUGUUCCCAAGUUAUCAAACUUCGGAGAGGCAAUGCUUGUGAAAUCAUAUGGUACUGAUUCAACUGAAAGCUUCUCACUUAAUACUGAGUUUUGGGAAUCAAGCUUUGCUAAAGAGGAUGUCUAUUGCUUUGGAAUUUUGCUUCUCGAGCUGAUCACUAGAGAGGAUCCUAGAGGCAUGACAACAUACUCAGACACUAGCUAUGAGCCACUCAACAAUUGGGUUACCCUUCUCUCUGCAAGCUCUAAUUUCUAUAGCAUUGUUGAUAAAUCACUGAUGGGGCAAGGAUUUGACCAGGAAAUCUUUCAGUUUCUGAAGGUUGCAUUGGAUUGUGUUCAACCAUAUCCAGAUCAAAGGCCAACAAUGCUUCAAUUGUACAAAAAACUAGCUGCUAUUGGUAAGAGACACGGCCUCUCAACUGAUUCUGAGGUAUUGACACACCAUGGAGAAACCUCAACACUCCAAAGAGAUGAAUGCAAUGAAGAUGAAAUUGUAGAGGUUUAAAGACACAGUGCAUUUUAUCAUACCAUUAUAGAUAUAGCAAUACUACUAGUCUCAAGUUGUGAGGAGUGUUUUUUUCUUCUUUUUUUUUCUUUUUUUUUCUUUUUUUUUUUCUUUGUAUAAAUAGCAAAUGUUAGAACUGUAGCCUGUUUUUCAAGGCAUCUUGAUCCUGACAUUUUUAAAUGUCAUGGUUCAUUUAUGAUAUUUAAGUCUUUUUAAUUAUCGAAACUUCCUGAUUUCUGCUAUCUCAUAUAAUAAUAUAACCAUUUCUCUUCA